AAAAAAAAAAAAAAAAAAAAAAAAGCACACCAGCCACUAAUCUAAUCUUCUUCUUUUUAUAUACACAGAGAAAGAGAGAUUAAAGAGAUCGAGACAAGAAAAAAGGGUAUAACCUCCCUCAGCUCCCCCAAAUCAUAACAGAGCCUUGCUUAUUAAACACCAAACCCCAUAAAACACUUUGUAAUUUUGAAUUAGUUGUGUCUACUUAUGUAUAUUUUUAUAUAAAUAUACUAUCCUAUUUUCGUUUCAGUCUUUUACUUCUGUGUGCUAGUAUUAGUAUUACUGUGCUUUCUUAAUUUUAAUUAAUAUUCUCCCUCUCUUCUUUGUGCUUAAUUGAUUGUAUCAAUCAAGUUUAAGGGUUUUUGCAUCUGUUCUUUAUUCUCUCCACUAAUAUCAUCUCACCACUUCUCCAUCGUCUGUUCAUCUUAUUUGGCUACAUCUUCAUCACCUGUGUAACUCAAUCUCUAAUGGGUUCCUCCCAUCACCAAUUAAUUCAAUCUAAUUCUCUCUCUUCUCCCCAAGUUCUCUGAUCAACUUCUUCUACUGUCUCUUACAAGGUUACACAAGCUUCCUUUGCUUCUUUUUUCCAUUUUUAUUCUUGAUGAGCUGUAUGUAUACAUAUAGAUUUGACUUGGUGAUCUCAAACUGUGAAACGAGUUAAAUAGGGCAAAUUGAGGAGCUUGUCUUUAUAUAGUCUUAUUUAGGUUAGUUUCGUCCUCCUUGUUAUACUUUCCCAGAAUUUGACCAUCAAUUGCCACUCUGGCGAACCCCUGGUGGAGUGGUAACUUGGGGCUACCGGGCAUGGACCCGGUAGUCACCAAUUCGCCAACUCUGAGCAAGCAGCGGGAGCUCGAAAUUUCCAUAAACGAAAACAACAGCGGUAGAAGCAGUGGCAGAGACGAUGAUGACGACAGAGAACAUGAUGAGCCCAAAGAAGGCGCAGUCGAGAUUGGAUCCCGCAGGCCAAGAGGUCGCCCUCCAGGAUCCAAAAACAAGCCCAAACCCCCCAUCUUCGUCACCCGGGACAGCCCCAACUCCCUCCGUAGUCACGUCAUGGAGGUUGCCGGCGGCGCUGACGUGGCGGAGAGCGUGGCGCAGUUCGCCAGGAGGCGGCAGAGAGGCGUGUGUGUUCUCAGCGGGAGUGGCUCGGUCGCCAACGUAACCCUCAGACAACCUGCGGCUCCAGGAGCUGUGGUGGCGCUUCACGGGAGGUUUGAAAUUUUGUCUCUGAGUGGGGCGUUCCUUCCCGGUCCUGCCCCUCCCGGAUCUACUGGGCUGACGGUUUAUUUAGCCGGUGGGCAGGGGCAGGUGGUUGGAGGAAGUGUGGUGGGGUCACUAGUGGCGGCAGGCCCAGUGAUGGUGGUGGCAGCAACAUUUGCAAAUGCUACUUAUGAGAGGCUGCCUCUUGAGGAGGAUGAGGAGGGUGGAGGAAGUGGAGGAGGAGGAGGAGGGCAUAAUAAUGGAGGUUCCCCAAAUGGUGGUGGGAGCAGUGGAGCCCAAUUGGGGAGUGGGGGGCAUCAGCAGCAGCAGCAACUCCCUGAUCCUUCAUCUGGACUUCCCAAUAUUUACAGUCAUCAUCUGCCUCCAAAUCUGAUCCCCAAUGGUGGCCAUGGACAUCUUGGGCAUGAGGCUUAUGCUAAUUGGGCGCAUUCAAGACCACCUUUCUAAUAAAAGUGAGAUGAAACUGAAGAGGUGGGGGAUUUUCAUUUUGUUGUAUUGAAAUAUAAAUUUUAGAAACAAGAUAGAAAGUGAGAGAUGUGAAUUAAGAUCUAAAAAGAAGGAGAGAAACUUUGGGGGUGUGUUUUUGUGGAUGUUAAAAUAUAAAAGCUAGCUUAGUUUUAGUUUCUUUGAGUUUAAUUUGCUGCCUUUUGAUGAUGUUCAGUUUGCAAGGAAAAGAAUAAUAAUUCAUGUCUAGUUUCCAA